CUCUCCUAUCCCUUCGGUCUCCAUUUAGCCGCCUUGAGUCUGGCGCUCCGGAAAGCGGUCCAGGUCUCUCCGGUCUCCCGCCGCCCUCUCCGCGCGCGCUCUCCCCGUGCGGCCACGGCAUCCCCCACCCCCAGGUCGCCUCUUAGCCGGGCUCGGGGUCGCGCGCCCUGACUCCGCCCCCUCCCGCGGACCCGCGCACUCCCGGCGCGGCCUCUCCCCCACGCAGGCCACCAAGCGCUCUGCCCCCUCCCCCUCCUUUCCCUCUUGACUCGCGCUCCCCUGGCGCCCUAGCUCUCGCGCUCUCCGAGGCGAGCGCGCUCCCGGCCCGCGCGUUCCGGGCUCUGGCUUCUCCCGGCUCCUGUCAGUGCGGUGACUGCGCUGGGAAACAUGGCGACCGAGGGAAUGAUCCUCACUAACCACGACCAUCAAAUCCGUGUCGGAGUCCUCACAGUGAGUGAUAGUUGCUUCAGGAAUCUUGCAGAAGAUCGCAGUGGGAUAAAUCUCAAAGAUCUCGUACAAGAUCCUUCUUUGUUGGGUGGGACUAUAUCAGCAUACAAGAUAGUACCAGACGAAAUAGAAGAAAUCAAGGAAACACUGAUAGAUUGGUGUGAUGAAAAGGAACUUAAUUUAAUACUAACAACUGGAGGAACAGGGUUUGCACCACGAGAUGUCACUCCAGAGGCCACAAAAGAAGUAAUAGAACGGGAAGCACCAGGGAUGGCCCUAGCAAUGCUGAUGGGAUCACUUAAUGUUACACCUCUGGGCAUGCUCUCUAGGCCUGUGUGUGGAAUCAGAGGGAAAACUCUCAUAAUUAACUUGCCAGGUAGCAAGAAAGGAUCUCAGGAAUGCUUUCAGUUCAUACUGCCAGCUCUACCUCAUGCCAUUGACCUUUUACGUGAUGCCAUUGUAAAAGUAAAGGAGGUGCAUGAUGAACUUGAAGAUUUACCAUCCCCGCCACCUCCUCUUUCCCCACCUCCCACAACCAGCCCCCAUAAACAGACAGAAGACAAAGGAGUUCAAUGUGAGGAAGAGGAAGAAGAGAAGAAAGACAGUGGUGUUGCUUCAACAGAAGAUAGUUCCUCAUCGCAUAUAACUGCAGCAGCCAUUGCUGCCAAGAAGCAUCCAUUCUACACCAGUCCUGCUGUUAUCAUGGCAUACGGUGAACAGCCCAUCCCUGGUCUCAUCAGUUAUUCCCAUCAUGCAAAAGGCAGUGCAGAUGAACGGAUUCCAGACUCCAUCAUCUCUCGUGGCGUUCAGGUGCUCCCACGAGACACAGCCUCCCUUAGCACUACUCCUUCAGAAUCGCCUCGUGCUCAGGCUACAUCUCGCCUCUCUACAGCUUCCUGCCCAACACCAAAAGUCCAGUCCAGGUGCAGCAGCAAGGAGAACAUUCUCAGAGCCAGUCACAGUGCUGUCGAUAUCACAAAGGUGGCUAGAAGACAUCGCAUGUCUCCUUUUCCUCUGACAUCUAUGGACAAAGCCUUUAUCACAGUCCUGGAGAUGACUCCGGUGCUUGGGACAGAAAUCAUCAAUUACCGAGACGGAAUGGGGCGAGUCCUUGCUCAAGAUGUAUAUGCAAAAGACAACCUACCCCCCUUCCCAGCAUCAGUAAAAGAUGGCUAUGCUGUCCGAGCUGCUGAUGGCCCAGGAGAUCGUUUCAUCAUUGGGGAAUCCCAGGCUGGUGAACAGCCAACUCAGACAGUAAUGCCAGGACAAGUUAUGCGGGUUACAACAGGUGCUCCAAUCCCCUGUGGUGCUGAUGCAGUAGUACAAGUGGAAGAUACUGAACUUAUCAGGGAAUCAGAUGAUGGCACUGAAGAACUUGAAGUGCGAAUUCUGGUGCAAGCUCGACCAGGCCAAGAUAUCAGACCCAUCGGCCAUGACAUUAAAAGAGGGGAAUGCGUUUUGGCCAAAGGAACCCACAUGGGCCCCUCAGAGAUUGGUCUUCUGGCAACUGUAGGUGUCACAGAAGUUGAAGUUAAUAAGUUUCCAGUGGUUGCAGUCAUGUCAACAGGGAAUGAGCUGCUAAAUCCCGAAGAUGACCUCUUACCAGGAAAGAUUCGAGAUAGCAAUCGUUCAACCCUUCUAGCAACAAUUCAGGAACAUGGUUACCCCACAAUCAACUUGGGAAUUGUGGGAGACAACCCAGAUGACUUGCUCAAUGCCUUGAAUGAGGGUAUCAGUCGUGCUGAUGUCAUCAUCACAUCAGGGGGUGUAUCCAUGGGGGAGAAGGACUAUCUCAAGCAGGUGCUGGACAUUGAUCUCCAUGCUCAGAUCCAUUUUGGCAGGGUUUUUAUGAAACCAGGCCUGCCAACGACUUUUGCAACUUUGGAUAUUGAUGGUGUAAGAAAAAUUAUUUUUGCACUACCAGGGAAUCCUGUAUCAGCUGUGGUCACCUGCAAUCUCUUUGUUGUGCCUGCACUGAGAAAGAUGCAGGGCAUCUUGGAUCCUCGGCCAACCAUCAUCAAAGCCAGGUUAUCAUGUGAUGUAAAACUGGAUCCUCGCCCAGAAUACCAUCGGUGUAUAUUGACUUGGCAUCAUCAAGAACCACUGCCUUGGGCACAGAGUACAGGUAAUCAGAUGAGCAGCCGUCUGAUGAGCAUGCGCAGCGCCAAUGGAUUGUUGAUGCUACCUCCAAAGACAGAGCAGUACGUGGAGCUCCACAAGGGCGAGGUGGUGGAUGUCAUGGUCAUUGGACGGCUAUGAUGGUCACCAGCAGAAGAAAGCUUUGAUGCAUGUCCACAUAUCAUUGACUGUAUCCUGUAAUAUGCAAUGGCACAGCUAGUUUUUCUGACUUGGAUAAAAGUUGAUCUGUAUAGUCAACAUCUUGAACUAUAUUUCGAAUGAAUUUAAAUACCUUUUAAAGAAAAAAACACCUAAAAAUAAAUCUUAACAGACAACUCUAUUCUGAUUAUAUCAAAGCAAAUUUUUCCUUUCUUGCAAAUUGCUUUGUGUGUUCAAUGCUAGGUCUGAUAGCGAUAGCUUUUGGUAGACAGCGGUAGGUGCCUGCAGAACUUGUGUUUUUCUCAUCUUUAAAAUACAACUACUUAUGCUCUUAAA